GCGCGGCUCAACUCUCUCUCUCUCUCUGUCUCACGCAUCGGCGACCGCGCUCGCCGUCCGUCCGCCGCCGCCGCCGCCGCCAUGCCUCGGUAUUACUGUGACUACUGCGAUACCUACUUGACGCACGACUCUCCGUCAGUCAGAAAGCAGCACAAUGCAGGGUACAAGCACAAGGCAAAUGUGCGUAUUUACUAUCAGCAAUUUGAGGAGCAGCAAACUCAAAGUUUAAUUGAUCAAAGGAUCAAGGAACAUUUGGGGCAAGCAGCAGCUUUCCAACAAGUUGGUGCCGCAUAUAAUCAACAUCUUAUGGCUCAGAGGCCUCGGUUACCUAUACUACCAACGCCUAUGAUGCCCAUGGGACCAAAUAUGCAAUUGGCUCCUGGAAUGCGGCCACCUGUCUUGCCAAGGCCACCGCCCGGUGCACCAGGCUACAUUCCUCCUCCAGGGAUGCCAGCAAUGGCACCAGCCCCUGGUGCUCCCUCUAUGCCUCAGAUGAAUGGCAUGCCAAGGCCUCCUACAUUGAAUGUCCCUCCUUCAGGUCCUGGAAGUGCACUGAAUCUAACCUCUUCUGGUAGUGCCCCCUCAAUGGUUCCACCUCCUGCCUAUCAAAUGAAUCCAGCAGGACCGACUAGUGGAGGCUUUGACAAUUUUAAUGCUAAUGCUAAAGCUCCUGAUGCUAAUCAUUAGUUUUGCUCUGGGUAUUUACAAGUAUAUUCUUGAAAAAGGAUUUGUGUUCAUGCUGCGUCCAAUGGGUGCCCUUUGGAUUAUAGGGGUACUUUUAUGAUGCUGAAGUAUAAGCUCGGUUAGCUAUCACUUUGUAGACAAUGAUUAUCAUCUAAAUUAUCUUCUUCCAAUUGGUAACUUGUUAUUGGAUCAUGGUUCAAUUGUCUGGCUUUUUGUAGUCUAGGGAGCCCUUUGAUUUUGCAGAACUUCACUCGGAAAAUCACCCUUUUCUGCUGCUGAAUGAGACUGAAGCACUGUGAUUGUAUGAACAUGACUGUCUUCAUAUCACAGUUGCCGUGUCUGAGUUUUCUAUGUAUAUGUGAAGCUUUAUGUGGAGCAUAAUAUGCUUAUGUCGUUGAGAUAAUGUCUCCCUGUCACCCCUCUGCUGACUUGAUUGGAUACGGUAGCUGUUCCUGAGCGCCAUUGCCUAAAA